AUGCUUCAAGUGCCUGUCUGUGUCCUCACGGACAAUUCUGCCUUGGUUACCAGCUUUGUUGCUGACCAGCCCCCGGGUGAUCUCGGGGCAUACUGGGCGAUGAUCCGCCAUCUGCUGCCUGUGGGCUCGUCUUUGCACUGGGUUCCGGCUCACGGCCGCCGCAGCACAUGGACAUCCGGAAUUCCCUUGGUCUCCACCCAGGAGGCCCGUGACUUGAAUGCACGCGCAGACCUAUCUGCAUGUUCUGCAACUGAGCCGAUGAAGGCCACCUUUGCUGCUGCCCAGCUUGCAUGCAAGACCGCCUUUGACUGGGCCAGCCUGUCCGUGGAGCGACAAGAGCGCUUGACGCAAGACUGGCAUGACUCUGUUGCGGCGCGGGCCAAGGCCAUCGGCCGGCUACGCGAUAUGUGA